AUGGCUUCCGCAGUAACACUGGCUGCAGAAGACUUUGGAACGCUAACGGACGGGCAGGGCCGUAGUGUAUCUGUGCAAAAGUUUACUUGGCAAACGGUGGCCGGUUUGAAGCUGUCCGUGCUGAAUCUGGACGCGGCCAUCAUUGAACUGUGCGCACCGGACCGUACCUGGAAGAGUAGCGCAAACGUACUGCUCGGUGUCGAACGGCUCGAAGAAUAUUUGCAGCUCGACCCCACACUCAUCUGUGCCGCUCAUUUCGAGAAAGGUUGGCCCCUUCUGGCGGGCAAUGGUGUGCGACCGGAUGCGCCGGGCGGCCGUACGAUAGAUCCCAAUCGUGUGUGGCAUUCUUUCGUGGACGAAACACGGCUUCAUCUGAGCUUGGUGCGCAAAUCGCCAGCAAAGCAUCGAAGCACCUAUGCUACCGUCACCAUAAGCGUGGAAUCGUCGAACGUAGUCCGCAUCCAGUAUCAAACCUAUUGUACAAGCGACGAAGUUUUCCGGUUAGCUCAUCGAUUCCUUCUCAAUCUUGGAGGAUGUGAUGCCGGUGCUCACGGAACUUUUGACCAUGUCGUACAACUGAACGCAGACACCUACGUGGAUGAGAACCGUAAAUUUCGAACGGCGGCAGAAAAUUUUGCCGAUCUUCGCAUCGCACAGCAUCUCGGUUUGAGCCUGUACAAAGCACGAAACGAAGGUUUGCCGUGUGCGGACAGCAUCGACGGUAUUUAUGGGCUCAAUAACACCGCCGAAGAUGGGUUUGCGAUGCGACUGAUUCAUACCGGAAGUGGUCGAGCGAUGGAACUGUACACCAAUUUUCCUUGGAUGCAUUUUUCCAGCCUCGGCCAUCUGCCGUCUGGGAAAGAUGCGAUCGUUCCUUUUUACCCUCGCGAAGGUGUACAACGCGUUUCGCUAGUAUUUGAUUUGGAUCAGUUUAUUUUGUCCGUUAUCAGUGGCACGGAGCAGGCCUCCUCGGGCGAUGAACAGCAGGACAAUAAUGGCGAUGUAGACCACGAUCGACAGGAACAAGAUUCUACAACUUGUUUAGGAAAAUACAUUAAGAACGAUGGCUUCCUAAUACAUCCGCUGGCGUGUCCUUUCCGACCAAUGGAAAAUCACAACCCCACACCAGAUUCACCGGAUACGCAACUCCCCAAUACCUGCCGGGGACAGACUCCAAUGCCCUUUAUUGGACAUGUAACGCUGAAAUUUGGUAUCUGUAAACCUCUCACGGCAGAGGAGAAUGCUCAAUCACCACCAGCCUUCAAUUAA